AAUUGCUGUUUACAUGGUAGACUCUUAAUCAGAGUGUCUUAAUCGGAUUAAAAUCGGAUUAUUGGUGUCCAUGUACUGUAAAUGUACUCACUGAGCAGUCAGAAGUGAUGAUCACUGAAGUUGUGAUACAUUCUCUAGAAAGGGAUCAAGUCAGAUUGGGUCCAUUUGGGAAACCACAUUUAUUUUAAAUUACCUGAGACCAUAUGCAAAGGUUUUAGACGGAUCUCAGGUCAGGUUUUCGGAUCCAAGUACUAGAGAAGACCUCUACCUCACUUUUAGGUCUUGACAUCUAGUGGACAAACUUAGUAGCACAUAAACAAUUCAAAGCACAUUAAUAAACUUUGCACUGUGCAAAUGAUGUUUGCUUUAUACAGUACUGCACACAGUUUGUAAAAAAAAAAUACAAAAACAAAAAAUGCUGCUGGUGUUCUUAUGGUAUUAUUAUGCACAUAAUAAUCUUAUAACAAUUAUUUUACAUGCUCACUUUUCAGAUGUAUAUAUAUUUUGGCUGGCACAAAUGAUGCUGAACGUACUCUGUGCAUCCAGAAUGAUUCUAAGAUUUUGAAGUCUAUAUCCAGUGGACACUUUACUGUUCCAUAAGGCAGUCCCAUCAGGUCAUAUGGUGAUAUGCCAUAUAUAGUCCAAACUCUAUUUAUUCUACCCAUAUUCAUAAUAUAGGCGUAUUUAGCACUGUGAAUUAAGUUUAUAUUCAGUGUACUAUACAGUUCAAUUUCAAACAUUAGCAUGUAAACAUCCCAACAUUUGAAAACAGUUCUCUUUUUUUAGAAUGUUAAUUUCCAUUCUCUGAAAGCUCUCAGGCUUUAUUUUGUUCUUGGUUUGGUUUUAGGAACCAGAAACUAGCUGGGUUGUUUAUCUGUAAGGAUCUAAUCAAAAUGGUGGUGCUUUCCAGAUAAGAUGCUGAGAUAGUGAAAAGUCAGUAAUGUUGUUGUUGUUGUUGUCAUCACCACCAGAGUGAGUCAUAAAUCUAAUCUUCAAUGCAAAAAAGGACACUAUUUUAUCAGUUCCAUCAGCCAUUAAUGAUCCGCUGACCUGAUGUAAAUGUGGUCAAAUACAGGAAGUCAGGAGGCUGGGCCUGGCAGGUUUCCCGACAACAGCUGAGGGAGAUCCCCGCCGGAGAUCCAGCCCGCUUCCUACCAGGCACCAGGUUUAAGAAGAAAAAAGAAAGAAAAGCAAAACUACACACCUGUUAUUCAACAGCUCGCAACACAUUUAGUUGCACCGACAGAUGAUUGCAAACGCUGACAUAAGAUAGAUAGACUCAAAGGCCAACAAAAUAGGACAACUAAAAUCAAAUCGAAACCAAUGUCAUGUUACCGUCCGACAAUAAUUCUCCAAAACGAAACAUUUAGUCUUAUAAGACGGGUAUAGGCUAAUUGCCAAAUGCAAAGUGGCUUAAAAUGCUAUACGUUUGAUCUCAUCUGCACAGACCUCAGCAGCGCGUUGUAGUCGCGUCGCAAAUGGUGGCUUGUGAGCGCAGAAAAGGGAAAACCCCGCAGUUCACUUACCCACCUACUUCCUAAUUAGAGUGAAUGAGAGAAGGAGACUCUGAAUUUGGUUCAGAUCAUAGAGACAGCAGCACAGCACAGAGGUUAUCAGCGUGAAUGCAGCGCGUGAACACUAAUAAUAAUAGGCAACUAUUAAUGCACAUGACAUAACCAACUGUCAUUGUCCUAUUAUACAGAUUGCAUGAGUUAUUAUUUAAAAUGUUAAUUCGGCUCAUUUUCUUAUUUUAAACGCUACAACUAAUCUAUGAAUUUAAGUCUUUCAAUUAGCUGUUCUGAACGAUCUACUUAGGUACUUUAGGCAACAUGAGGUGACUUUCAACUUGGGAUCAAGUCAACGGAAUCAUCUGCCAUAAUGCUGCUAGAAGGAUUCGUCUAGGACCCACAUAUCGCCUACCUGAGGACAAUGACCAUGAGUGACAGUAAUCACAUUGCGCGUUCUGGCUCACCACUGGAUCUUACCAACAAGCGUGGGAUCUGCGCGCAGACUGGAGACCAGCGUCCCCCAAGACAAACCCAAGAAACACAGGUGAGGUCGGCGCACAAGUUUAAGGGGCACGGAGUUCAUCCUAAGGAAUCACGGGACACUUGUGAUGGCUCUGUUUCAAAGACUACUCAAACUGACGAUGUGGGUGACAGGGGAAACAGGACGCGCGGGGGUCCCACGCAAACCAGACCUGUGACCCCAAGCUCGAAGUGCAACAGUCAGACGGACGCUGCGGGCAAGGAUUCCUCAUUCUCCAAGCUUCCAAUCAGGAAACGUCCUUUCCCUGUGGACGUUGAUCAUGAUACAAGUGUUUCACAUAACCAGAGUCCAAAAGUGCUGAUCCCCGAGGAGACUCAUAGAGACGCAGAUGCGCGGCUCAUUUUUAACACAUCUUGUCCACCAUAUCGUUAUCCGUGUAUCUCUUGGCCUCAGCACUACGGCAGUCCACAGAAACCCAUGCACAUGCCAGUUCCCACUUUUUCACCUCCUUCACUGCUGGAGAGCAAAGAACGGCUGCUGGCAGAUAUUGCUGCAGCGACGAGACAAGAUGAAGACGGUGACACGCCUCUUCACAUCGCCGUGGUCCAGGAGAACAGGGCAUUGGUUGUUUGGCUGAUUGAAAUAUUUCGAUGUGCCCAUAAAGACCUUGACAUUUACAAUAACCUACGACAGACUCCUUUACAUUUGGCUGUAAUCACGCAUCAGCCUGCUGUGGUGAAGGCUCUCCUGGAUGCAGGAUCAGACCCUGGAGCUCUGGAUCGUAACGGACAGACUGCACAGCAUUUGUGCUGUGAGCACGGAGAGGCUGAAUGUCUCUCCAUUAUCCUCAGACACUACUCACACAACAACCCGUCCCACGUGGAGAUCAGGAAUUAUGAGGGUCUGACGCCCCUCCACCUGGCUGUGCAGAAUGGAGAUCAGACGCUGACAGGAAUCUUACUGGACAGCGGAGCUGAAAUCAAUGCUGGGGAUAAUAAAAGUGGUCGCAGUCCACUGGUUCAUGCUGUGGAAAACAAGUCUUUAGACAUGGUCCUAUUACUGAUCGAGCGUGGGUGUGAUGUGAACGCGCAGUCCUACAGUGGGAACACAGCGUUACACAGCGCCUGUGGCAGGGGUCACAUCGAGAUGGUUAGGGUCCUGCUGAAGAACGGAGCUGACAGCAGUCUGAAAAAUAACCACAACGACACUGCCAUCAUGGUAGCAAAAAACAAAAAGGUGUCUGAUGUGCUGCGUGGAAAAGGCACUCGCAGCUUUACUGGGAAAACAAUAUCUAGCAGCAAUGGCUCUCUGUCCCCUAGCAGCUCCAGCCACUCUCCCCGGAUGACUCCCACGUUUCAGGGCAGCGCUUCACACUCUCCUGUGACUCCAGUUUUACCCCGCAGUCAGUCAGUGGAGAGCAUUUCAGAACGCCACUCGCCAUUGAACAGCAAUGAUAAAGCACUUUUCCAAAUGCAGACACUCCACAGUUCACCAGUGGACAACAGGGCAGGCUACGGAUUCCAUAACCUUGCAUAUCUUUCCCCAUCCAGGUAUGACCACAUCAAGCCAGCUGUCCAUAGAAGGACACUUAUCGCUUCCCCUUAUUACUAUGGUCCUGGAUUUCCAAGACCUCCGUAUUAUUCAGACGCACCAUUCAUUUUAGUCCCCAGUUUGCCUUUGCAGGCCGCAUUUAUCUCUCCACAGGGGACCAUCAACCAAUCACGGCCCUCAAGUCACAGCAGUGACCAAUCAGACAUAUCUACUGUGAGUGUCAACAGUGAAGAAAGAGGUGUGAGUUGAUAGCUGCGGGCAUCUUAGAAGAGAUGUAUUGUAUAUUCAUCCAAAAAUAGGAAUGACCUGUCAACACAUUCGUUCAGCAUUGUGUCUCUUUAAACUUGACUGAAGUGGAACACACAGCUAAAAUUAAAAGCAGCCACCAAAAUUGUUUGUUAUAAAAAUUACAAAUAAAAACGCACAACAUGAGAGUGUGUAAAUAAUGAUUGAUUUAGGGUGAAUUGCCAUUUGAAUUAAUGUUGAUAGAAUUUUAUUUGUGGUUGGAGGAUAUAUUGACUGAUUUAUAGCAUUUUUUGUGGAUCUCAACAUUUUUCUUAUUUGAGUUCUUUUUAAGUCAUGCCAAAUCUAUACCAUGUUGCUAUAUAUUUGUGUUACUGAGUGUUUUGCUAAUAAUUAAAAAGAUUGAUGUAAUGUUAUACUGAAUGUAAAGACCUAUAUUUAUACUUCCACAGCAAAAAGCAAACUUAGCAUUUAAUUCUGCAUUGUUUCAGUUGAGGUUUUCUUGUUUUCCUUGUUAUAUUUGUGUGUAUUGACAUCGUUUUAUUCAUAUUUUCCAGAUUAUAGUUACUCAAAUUGAUACAACAGAGAUUUUCCUAUUGCAUUCAUGUUUUGUAAAUACUUUAUUCUCAAAUAUUGUGUUCUGCAUUGUAUUAUUUAGGGUAGACAAAACAGCCGGUAUCAAACAUGUACAAAGUAAUAAAUAUCAGCAUGUAUGGGUUUAUCUUCAACAAACGGGGUGUCGUUGUGAAUUACAGUCAAACAUGCAAUGCUUGUUUUUAGUUCUGUUGUUUAAUCACUUGUGAUAAUGUACACAAAAUCCCAACAUUGAGACUACGUGGCACUUUUGUUUUAAUGCAAGCCUUUGAAUGGCAGCUUGGAAUCCUUGUCUGAUGAAGUUUGGUGACAGACCAAUGCAUGGUUUAAAAUGGAUGUAGAAAAGGAGUAGUGUGGAAAAGGAGUAAUGCAGAAUAUAAAGCCAUUACCAGAAUCUUGAGAAACUGAUCAAAUCCAAAAAAGGGCUUUCAUAUGAAUUUGAGGUACUCACUGGUGGUGUUUCUGACAGUUAUGCGAAUGUAUGAAUUUUGAUUUUCAUAUAAUUAUGUGAUUAUAAUUGCAAAGGUGUACAGUUGCCUAUAGGAAUAAAAAUACAUAUUUUUAUACAUACGUGA